GUUUAAGUAAUUUAUGACUCAGAUUGAUAAAUGUUCACAAUGAUCUUUCAGUUGUUGAAAAAUUAUUAUUCAUAUCGCUAUAUGCUAAUUUUCGUUACAGUCGGGUCUAUUCUGUUGCUAAUGAAUCGCAAAAACAUUAAUACCACAGAAAGUAUCACAAGGCUCAAAAAGCAAGAAUUCAUGGAUACGGAACUGACUUCAACAUCAAAAACCAUGAAGAUAAAAGAGCUCAGAUGUGAACCCUGGGAAAAUGAAGAUUACAAUCGAGUAAUUGGCUAUGGGCUUGAUAAUUAUGUCAAACUCACAGAAUUCCCAACAGAACAUUGCUCAGAUAAUUCUUUAUGUGGUGCUCGUCUUGACAACUCUAUUGAGCCAAUCAGAUUUCGUGAUGAUUUACCGGUAGAUGCUUGCUUAGACCCAGAGAUUUGUGUGACAGUGAUUUGUAAAACAGCGACUCGUCUUAAUUUUGCACAGAAACUCGUAGCAUCUAUUUGGAGAUUAUACCCUCGUAUAUUUAUCAUAAUUGUCGGAGACCGGAAUAACAAAUACACAAAUGACCAUAUUUGGUAUAAAACUGUGCUCAGCAACAGACAUCGAUUACUUUACAUACAGGAGAAUUCGACUGUGGGAAUUAGCGCUGGGAGAAACAGAGCGCUUCAAUUAGUCAAAACCAAAUAUUUCUUUUUAACAGACGAUGACAUUAUUCCUGCUACAAAAAGUUCUUAUAACCUCACAGAUAUGUUGUAUUUAAUGCAGAUAAGUGACUUUGAUAUAAUUGGUGGAAGUUAUUCCCCGCAUAUAUUUACUGGAAUUUGGCACGCUGCCAAUAGUAACCAAACAAUGAAUUCAAUAGAUGGCGCUGUAAGCUCAAAUGCCAAGAAAGGUUUCGUUAAUCUCUUCCACUAUACUAAAUAUCAUUACGCAAAGUUAUCCUGUUUUGAAUCAUGUUACCACACGGAUGCUACAUUAAAUAUAUUUCUCGCGAAAACUGCUGACAUCAUCAAUAUCUCAGGUUGGGACUGCAAAUUCAAGAUGGACCAAGAACAUUUAGAUUUUUUCCUUAGGGCAAAGAUUGCGCGUCUGAAAGUCGGCAUCUGUUAUGAUUUCCUGUUCGACCAUAUAUCAAGCUCAACAAAUGUUGUACAUUUAAGACGUUUACAGUUGAAACCAUACUUUGAACAUCUAUUUUUAGAAAAAUGGAAUAUCACAUAUGUUUAUUCCUUUGGGAGACUCCAACGGAAAAAGAGAGUUGUAUUAUCAAGGUUUAGUGAUAACAAAUAUGUUUAAUAUAAUCAACAAUUUGAGACCAUAUGGUGGACUUACAUAGACUCUUAUUUUGUCAUUUUGAUGGGCAUUUGGUUAUUCAAGGAUCCUUGUUGAUUCAUAUAUUGACUCAUCUACUCAAUAUUUCUCUUGUCAAUUAGUAUACAGAUACAUAAUUAUUAAUUAACCUCUUGACUACCCAGAGGGACAAGAUUUCUCUGUCACAAAAUUUUUCACUAAAAGUGCUCAAUUUUUUUCUAACUGAGCAUCACCUGUUGUAUAUGUAUGUAGUAAAAUGUCAAAGACUGGCAAAAAUGAAAAAAUUCCCUGGUUUCAAACCAAUUUUAGAAGCUGGGAUUCAAGAGGUUAAGCUUUUUGAGAUUAUCAUGAUUUCUUACUUUGCCCAUUGAAAAUUAAUUAAUGAGGACUGGAAUAUCUACAAAUCUAAGAUAUUAUUUGGAAUUGAGAAAGAU